AAAAAAAAGAAGAAGAGAGUGAUGGUUAGUUCUAGCUCUUCUUCUUUGGUGCCUAUUGAGUAGUAGCAGCAACAACAAACAACAACAACCCAUCUCUCAAAAUUGGAUUUUUUCCAUGGCACCCCCAUUGAUUUUGUUUGCUUGGGAGAAACAAAAUUGAGGGUGUCUCGUUCUGCCUUUUCUCGGGUCUAAUCUCUGUACUUAUGGAUACGUCGCAUCUGAACGCUUUGAUUCUCUUUUGAUCAUCACCUGGUCAGAAAAGAAGAAGCUUUGUGAUCUGUUUUUCUGAACUUGAUCUGAAUUUGUGGCUUACAACCCCUUUCCCCUGUGUGUUCACAUGAUCAUGGAAUGUGCAUAUGCAUAUAGUCCUUGCGAAUUUUGAGGUAAGUGUUAAAAAGUUUGUUGAUCUUGUUUUGUUUUGCUUGGUGGGUACAAUAAUAUUUGGAUUAGAUUCGUUCGUUAUUCAUGAUGUCGUAUCAAUCAAUGGAGGAGAGGAAGUUUGUGUGCAAGUAUUGCAGCAAGAGGUUCCCGUGUGGGAAGUCUCUCGGUGGCCACAUCAGAACUCACAUGAUGAGUGAGAAUUCAGCUUUAGGUAAUGCAGAGAGGAGCAAUGCUACUAAUGGUAUGUUCAAGUUGAAUGGGCGGGGAAAGAGGAAGAGAGAUUUGGGGUCUGAAGAAAACGGUGGUGGCGGUGGUGGGCCUACUUAUGGUCUUAGAGAGAAUCCCAAGAAGACCACGAGGUUUGUGCAUUCCAAUUCCAGCUUGCAGCUUGAAAAGUUCUGCAAAGAAUGUGGGAAGGGAUUUCUGUCAUUGAAGGCUCUUUGUGGCCACAUGGCUUGCCACUCUGAAAAGGACAAGGGAGCCAACAGGUUUGAGAGCAGUUCUAGUGGGUUUGCUGAGAAGCAGAAAUUGGCUAUGGACAGUCAAUCUGACACUGAAACUUCUACGCCAAGGAGGUCCAAGAGAAUGAGGUUUAAGACUCUUAGCAAUAGCAACAACCAAGCUCAAUCUUCUGUUUCGGAGGUUGAGCAGGGUCAGGAAGAGGUGGCUAGGUGUUUGAUGAUGUUGUCCAAGGAUUCUAGCUAUAAGGGUCGUUUUUCUUUGUUCACAGAGUCUUCUGAUAACAACUCGGUUGUUCUAGAGGUUAAGUCACCUUCUCCGGACACCAAGGUUACUAUGAUGAAUAGUGAUGAUAAGAACUUUAUGUCUGGUGCUUAUGUGGAGAAGAAGUUGGAGCAGUCCAAGAAGUUUAAGUAUGCUGAAGUAGGCUAUGAUUCUGAUAAUUCAGAUUCUGGGUAUUUUAGAUAUGGUCCUAAGGAGGUUGACUCCACUGAUUCAAAUAAUGGGAAUUUCAAGAAUGAGGUUCAGUCUUCGAAAGUGGGGUGCUUUUCUGGGUUUGAGGAUUAUGAUGUUGAGUCGAGGAAACUGCCAAGCAGGAGCAUUGAAUUUAAGAAAUUUGUUUUGGAGAAUUGGGAGAAUGAUAGACAAGAUGCUGGGGCUGCAAAGAAAUUUGAUUCAAAGAAAAGUAAGAAACCCAACUAUGAUUCUCUUGGCCAGAAUUUAGUAAGGAUUUCUAGCAGGAAGAUGGGGAAUGGUUCUGCCAUUGAUAAGGUGAACAAGUACGAGUACUUAACCAGUGAAAGAGACAAUGGUUAUGAUGAUUCUGCUUAUGAGAGUGAUGAAAACAGCACAGACAGUGAUUCUUAUCCAGCUCCGAAGGCUUACAGCAACAGAAACCUCAGUGGCCAAAAGGGGAAGAAGAAAUUGAAGUCAAAGAAAAGCAAGGCACAUGAGUGCCCAAUCUGCAACAAAAUUUUCAGGUCAGGCCAAGCCUUGGGGGGUCAUAAGAGAUCCCAUUUUAUUGGAGGUUCUGAAGAGAACACCCUAGUGAUAAGGCCAAGAGCUGCUGUUGUUCCUUGCCUCAUUGAUCUCAACUUACCAGCACCAGUUGAUGAAUAGGGAGAAACGUGCCAUGUCAUUCUGGGUUUUGCACUAUUUUGAAGCAUCUGCUGUUGAGGUAGCUGAAUGUUUGGAAUUCUAAAAGCAUUAUGUCUUUAUCCCCAUAUGAUGAAAGCAAUGACAAUGUACAAACAAGUGGGUAGCUGAUUUUUGUUCCUAAAGCCUUAGAUCCAUUGUUUUGGUUUAGGGUAGUCUUUCUUUUCAUGUUUAUAGAGCAUGAGAGCUUACUAGUUUCUCAAUUGAUAUUUCUUUUUUAUUUCCUUUGUCAAGUACAACUUUAUACUCUUGGAACCAUGUUUUUUUCAUGCAAAUCUUAACUUCACCCUUGGAUGCCUCAAUGAACUUUUAUCUUUUA